AUGAAUUGCGUCUUGUUUUACAUCGUAGCUUCUUUUUGGAUUACAACAGUUGGAUCAACGAAGCCAAAUGAAGAGAAGAGUCAAGAUGGAGAUCCAUGGGAAUUGAAUCCAUUUGAAGAUGAGGAUAAAAACCUAGAUGAUGCCCUGUUUGCAGGGUUUCAAGACGGUAUCACCUUUAAUCUAGACUGUGUAUCUAUGGGAAGACAUGAUGCCGAUGAUUCUCCUUCUGACCAAGGGAGUGCCGAUGAAUUAGAGAAAGAACAUCAAAAACAUCUCGACCAAGCCGAGCUUGAGGCUGAAUAUUUGACUUCACAUCGUCCGCUGGAAUCAGCAGAAACAGAAAAAAAGGACUCGGAACUCAUGUCCAUUUUUAACAUUCUGAUGCGUUAUUUAAAUUCCAAGAGUAAGAAAUGGACCUUAGAGGAGCCAAAAGAGCAAGGCCUUGAGGAUCAUGGUAAAGGGCAUAUGGUAUUUGUUAGCAAGUCAGUCGAAACAUUGGAAGAGCAGAUUCCUAGAAACUUGAUAUUUAGUGUAGGACACAUGAAAAAAACUAUGCCAACUAAUAGGUUGAACAAGACCCCAAUUGUCCUAACAGCUUUAGAAUCGUUCAUCGUAUGUAGAUUGGCAUUUAUAUCAAUGGCAAAAAUUAUAACUAGCAACACUCCAGAUGACUUAAAGUUGCAGUAUCUGAGCAGAUGGAUUAAACUUGCUCAUGAACAUUUCGUUCUUUUUCUCCCUUAUGUUGCUAUAACUGCUCCUCGUUGUAAAGAGUUGUUGGAGGAUUCAGGUCAGAUCCGUAGUGAAUAUGAUACUGACGAUUAUAAACAUCUUUUGGCAACUUGCAAGAAGAUGGAUGACAAAAGAAAUGAUGAAUCAGACUUGCAAGCAUAUGUAAUGUUGGAUUCGGAAUAUCACGAAAAAUUGAUUGAACGAUGCAUUCACGAAAAGCAUGUAUUUCCCUCAAUUUUGCAAGAGAAAGAUCACCAUUUAAGGCGUAUUCACAAACAUUUUGAACAUGAAUUGGACUGGGAAACCUUUGUUGGAGCUGCGAACAUGAUAUUUGCCCACAUAGAAAACGAAUUAUCGAAUAAAGUUCCAAAUUUAAUGGACCACAAAACUUGGGGUUGCGGAAUGUCGAAGAAGGAAGCCGCAAACGCUGAACAGGAGCUUAUCAAGCUCUUUGUUAAUACCCAAAAGAAGUUGAAUUUAAAAACUAUUCAAGCUGUAAGAGCUAUAACUAUCGCAGUUUCUAAAAAGAAGAGUGAUGACCAUGUCAAGAAAUCUAUGAUAAACUAUGCACAGAAGGAAUCCAAAGCUGCACAUGACGAAUCUCAACAUAAUGAAGCUAUGAAAAAAUGCAUGGCUGAAUCUGAGAAAAAGUUGGACGAAGAUUCUGAAAUUUUUAGUAAAUAUAACAAGGUUGGAAUUGCAAGGGACCUGCGAAACUUUGACCAUAAGGGAUGGAUGGAAUGCAUGUCUGGGAGAAUAUAUCCCAAAUUUUUGACCGUGUGCAAGAAUAAUCCAGAUUAUUGCAAAGAGCUGUUAAAGGAAUUGAGGGAAGAACAAAAUUCACUAGACCCAGAUAGCACUGCAGCCAUUGUUGUAGAGAAUCUCCAGUUCACAGUUGCUGCUGCUCUUUUAAACCACGACUUGAUAUCUACUGAGGAUAUCAAAAAACACCUGAUGGAGGUGUCGAAACAUGAGAUCGCAGAGAUGAAGGAAAAUGUUGGUCCUGAGAAAAAGGAUACUUCAGAACAAGUAAAAUCAGAGACUAGAGAAGAACCUAUCAGCAAACGUGAGCGCGAGCACGAUCCACUCGGUGAUUAA